AUGACCCUGAGGCUCAUCCUGGCCCUUGCCCUCUGGGCUGGCUGCUCACCCUGCAGUGAAGGGAAAGUGGCCCUGAGCCUCCCCAAGGUGCAGUGCCAGGCCCCUCGGUACCCAAUGGCUGUGGACUGCUCCUGGAAGCUACCCUCGGCUCCUGACCCCACCAGGACCACGUUCUUCAUCGCCUCGUACAGCCUGGGCAUGUCGGCGCCGCGGGACAGCCGGCCCUGCCUGCAGCCCAGCCCCGCCGCCGCGCGCUGCUCCAUCACCGGCCUGCGCCUGUUCUCCGCCGAGCCCUACGUGCUGAACGUCACGGCCGUGCGCCCCGGGGGCGCCAGCAGCAGCUUCCUGCCCUUCGUGGCCGAGAACAUCAUCAAGCCGGAUCCCCCGGGCGCGGUGGAGCUGAGACCCCUGCCCGGGCAACGACUGCAGGUGCAGUGGCAGCCCCCGCGCUCUUGGCCCUUCCCGGACCUCUUCUCUCUCAAGUACCGCAUCCGCUACAAGCGACACGGAGCCACCCGCUUCCGCCAGGUGGGACCCAUGGAGGCCAUGUCCUUCACCUUCAGAGCUGUGCGGCCCCAUGCCAAGUACUGUGUCCAGGUAUCGGCUCAGGACUUCAUGGACUAUGGGGAAGCCAGUGACUGGAGCCUCCCUGCCAUAACAUUGAGCAAACAGUAG